AUGGCUGCAAAAAAGACACUCAUCGUCGUCCUUACAGUUUUUCUUAGCAUUUUCUCGACCACUGCCAAACCCGGCCCCGUCCGUGUCCGUGGCCCCGCCCCCGUCCCGGACAACAGUCCACCCAUACCGGCAGAGAGGGCUCAAGUGGAGAGUUGGUUUCAGACCAAUGUCAAACCGUACAAGGAGCGGAGGGCCAGUUUGGACCCUGCCCUUGCGAAUGCCGAGAACAAUCCCAAAUUGAUGAAGGUGGGUAAAGAUGGCGAAUUCAAGUCCGUGAUGGAUGCAAUUAAGAGAAUCCCAGAUGGAAAUACUCAACGAGUGAUCAUCUCAAUUGCGCCCGGAAUCUAUAAUGAGAAAGUCAUCAUUGAUAAAAAGAAGCCGUUUGUCACUUUGUUAGCUAGUGAUCCAAAGAAUUUGCCAACUUUGGUUUUUGGCGAUACAGGAAAAGCGAAAGGAACUAUGAUGAGUGCUAGUGUGAUAAUUGAGUCUGAUUACUUCCGUGCUAUCGAUAUAAAUUUUAAGAAUUCGGGACCAAGGCCCGCUCCCGGACAGCAAGCACAAGCCUUGGCAUUGAGAAUCUCCGGCGACAAGGCUUCAUUCUAUAACUGCCGAUUCCUUGGAUUUCAAGACACCCUUUGUGAUGACAAAGGCAGGCAUUUCUUUAAGAACUGCUACAUUGAAGGCAUGGGUGAUUUCAUCUUUGGCAAUGGAAAAUCUCUAUAUGUGAACACACAAAUACAUGUGAUACCCUUCCCUCAGGCAUUUAUCACGGCACAAGGAAGACAGACCGCUACGGAAGAUACUGGCUUUUUAUUCGUUCAUUGCAGAGUUACUGGCGCAGGAAGAAUCGCUGACUUAGGCAGAGCAUGGAAGCCUUUUGCCAAGGUGGCUUUUGUCUACACUGAAAUGAGCGAUGUGAUCAAGCCUGGAGGAUGGAAUAACAAAGAUGAAAGGAAGAAAGGUCAUAUUGAACAGGAUUGUUGGUACAAAAAUAAGAAUCCUGAUAUCCCUCAGUGUUCUUUUUGUAAAAAAUAUGGACAUAAUGAAAAAGACUGUUGGUAUAAUCCUAAAAAUCAAGCUAACUUUCAUGAGGAAAUAGUUUAUGAAGAAAAAGUUGAAGAUGAAUAUGUGAAUGAUAAACAUCUAUUCAUAUCUUGCCUUAAUGCCACUACAAAAAAUAUGUGGUAUCUUGACAGUGCUUGUAAUAACCAUAUGAUCGGAGAUAAAUCUAUUUUUAUUAAACUUGAUGAAUCUGUAAAGUCUCAGGUGCGUAUGGGGAACGACAAAAGCGUGCAAGUUCAAGGCAAAGGAACCAUUGCAGUAAAUACAAAUUUUGGUAAAAAAUUGAUUGAUGAGGUUUUGUAUGUUCUAGGUGUGGCUCAAAAUUUGAUCAGUUGA